UCCGGGGCGCCGCCGGUGCUGCGCGCAGUUCCUGUUGGGACUCGACCGGACGCUACGGCUCUGUAGUGUUCGACUCUAUCAUCAGGAUGUCAGCUGGUGUUCCUGGAAGCUCAAAUGUGGCUGCUGGCAGCAAUCGUCGUCUUCAGCAGACUCAACACCAAGUAGAUGAGGUUGUUGACAUCAUGAGAGUAAAUGUGGACAAGGUAUUGGAGCGAGAUCAGAAGCUAUCAGAGCUGGAUGACCGUGCUGAUGCACUGCAAGCAGGAGCUUCCCAGUUUGAGACCAGUGCAGCCAAGCUGAAAAGAAAGUACUGGUGGAAGAACUGUAAGAUGUGGGCAAUAUUGAUAGCUGUUGUUGUCAUUAUCAUCAUCAUCAUCAUCAGUAAGUUUCACCAAAAUGGGGAUUUCUCAUAGUGCAGAAAUAGUUGGUGUUUAUUAAUGGCUGGUACAGUUUGAAUAAAGCUGGGAUACUCAAAUGAAAUACAUACACUGUUAGUUUCAAGUUAAUGUUUUGUAAUUUGGUUUGAGUUCUCUAGUAAUCCCCAGAUAUUUCAUGAGAAAUUAAUGUUUAUCUUUAUUCUGUAAUGCAGUAACAAAUACUACGCUAACCAGUGGCAACAGGUACUUAGCCCUGGAAAGCUGAGCCUAGCAAAGCCAGUGUGGGGAACUCUUAAUCUCUCUUUGCCUACCUCUACAGUCUUAAAUUCUUAAAAUGCAGGAUUGCUAUGGUGAGGGGUUGAAGGAGACUGUCCUUUGUCCAAGUGUUUUCUUCUUUUGUAGUUUGGAGCGUGUCUUAAUGAGUCACAGGAAGAAAGAUAAACUGAAGGUGCCUAAUCCCCAACCUCUCCAAACCUGCUGCAAUUUCACUGUGUUUACUACAGUUUAAAGCAAAACUAUUUCAACUACUUACCUGUUAACUAACUUUACUUGGUUGCCUUAAGACACUCCUGUCGUUAAUUACUAACAAGCACUGCACCACUUCACAGUGCCUUGAUCAACGGGGCACGGAGCUGGUGAGGAGGAUUCGGCUCGGGAGUUUCCACGCUCGGUACUGUAAUGGGUCACGGGCGCUGUACGCGGUUUUGGGGCUUGCCCCUCCUCGGCUGUCUGUACCUUCUCGGUUCCAUAGAAGGGUCGCUUCCGCCCCGAUCUGUGCCUUGCCCGGGGCGGCCGCUCUCCUGUGGCA